AUGUUCAAGUCACUCUUUCGUUGCAUCCGUAGGUUCUUUAGCCGCAUUAAACCCAAACCAAGUGACCCGCUCCAGCGAUCGACUGACUACGGCGCGAAUAUUGACAUUGAGGAGGCUUUAGCAGAAGAACUUGAGAUUCAAAGACGCAGUGGGCGUGUGCUGUCUUCAACUGCCAGCAUCGCUGCUGCACUACGAAAUCGUCCACGUGGAAUCAUUCCAGUCUUUUCGACCCGACCGGGCAAUGUUGAGCACCGCGGCCCAUCGGACCCAGCGACCAAGACUGCCAUGGAGGGAAUGCAGAGUCUUACCCCAGGAUAUAGUGGCCGAGCAAGUAAUAACUCCGAGUCUCGGGUGAGUGCCAAAUCUCCUGCGGUCAGUGAUGGCGGGGUACCGUCCAACCGACUCUGGUCUAGCCACAGUUCGUUUAAGAACCCCUUAUCGAUGUCCAAAGUUGCCAAGCCAGACGAGGAAAGAGAGACAAAGGAGACGACUUCGUUAUCGACCGAGAGACUGUCCGAGAUGAACCCUCGUCGCUCGUCCAUUUUCGACAUGCGGUCGGAGUGGAUCUAA